CGCACUUCCUUUUUCCGCUCUGCCUUCGUCAGCGGAAGCAAAAGAGAAUUUUUUUUGAGUAUUCGUUUCAGCUUAUAAAAAAGAAAGAAAGAAAGAAAAAAAAAAAACUACAUGCUUGCUUAGGUAGAGAGAAUGGCGGGCAGUUAGACGAACAGAUUGAUAGAAAUAGAAAUAGACAGAAUCGCUUUUAAUUUUAUUCUCUAUUUCAUUUAGCUUAUUUCUUAUUUUCAUUUUUGAUUCAUCAUUGUUAAUUACUGUAAUUUGAAAUUAGCAAGUUUACGAUACCUGGGACGCAGAAGGCCAUUCAGAAAAUAACUCUAUACUAUGAGAUCUAACUCACUGGAUCCACACGUGGUACAAAAUCCGUGGAUUGGGCUACGUCAGCGGUGGCUCUCCCUGAUAUGUGGUUUAUAGGCCUAUACGUCACUCAUGGGCGGUGUCCUUGCCUCCCCUUUGCAAUGUUGUCUUCUCUUAUCUACAUAAGCGUUUUUUUUUUUUUUUAUUUAUUUUUAUUUUCUAUUUUCCCCCUUUUUCUUGUUGAUCUUUUCCAAUGUCUAUGUGUCAUUUGAUGUAUCUGUAUCCAGACGGUAAAAGAUUGUUUUCCUUGCAUAUGCUCCAUAUCAUCUCUUUAGGUAUUCCGUAAGUCUGCAAUACUAAUAAUGAUAAGUAAUAUUUUGUUAUCUGUGUCAUUUUAGAUCAUUUUCGUUUACAUUUCAGCGGGCAGGAAUAAGGACCCUGAAAAUGUGAAUAUUGUCCUCCCUGGAGCCGGUGUUCCUCCAGUCAUGACUCACGCACGACGCCUCAGUGUUAUCUCUGACGCCGUGAUGGCAGGACGCGGCAACACGGGGUGGCGCUGCCUCGUCCUCCUGUGCUCUUUCCAAGCCGCGCUUGCUGCUGGCAUUCCUCAGAAGCAAAGAUCUCAAUGUCCAAUAUUUCCCCCAGGACAAGACAUUGGUGGAAAGGUUCCGCUGUACGUUGGAAUAUUCCCGGAGGAAGAAGACUGGGAAUGGGAGAUGGAAUUCAAGAAUGAAACCAAAACAUUCUUCCGUCUCAAUCUACAGAGUAACGGAGAGCGAAUUACAGCGCGGUUAAUCUCGGGGCUUUACGGCGAGAUCCAGCCUCCGCCAGUGGAGUGGAGCGAAGCCGCCUUCCCUGUGCGCGAGUGGUCUCACCUCGCCGUCUACGCUGACGGAGACCACCUCGUGGUGGCCCAGAGGCAGAACUCCAGCUCUGCUUCUGUGAAAUUUACUCUUUCUGACACGGACAAGUGGUUCAGGAUUGUCUCUAAUGGAAACAUGACCCACAACUGCUUGAAAGGACAUUCCAUAUCCUCUGUGUCUGAGGUUCUACAAGUGACUGAGGAUAACACCUACUGCCUUCAGGCCGCCGGUCCACCUGUCACUGUGUCAGGUGAUGGCGCUUCUUACACAGUGACGAACGCGACGUGGCAGCGGAUUGAAGAGCAGGCGGGAAGUUACUCCGUCGAUGGCGUGAUCUUCGUGAUCGAAAACUGCGAUUCAAGACUUAAUACGACCUCGCCAACGACCCUUACUACUGAAGGAAACCCAACGACUAUUGAAGGAACCGCAACAACGACCACCACCGAGGAAACGACCUCUCCCUCCGAUCUGACGACCCAUUUCACCGGGCCAGCACAGUCUGCAUCACCUACCACGACAGAUUCAACAUCACGAGUGAUCGCAAACUGUGAAACCAUAAUUAUGGUCGUAACCUCUCUCCUCAUUAUAUUAACGAUACUUAUAUUGUACAAGAUAGGUUUCCAUCGCGAAGUUUUGAAGGCUUGGCGGGAGAAACGCGCUGGAGAGGACAAUGCGGAAAGGGAAUCGUCAGUUGCUGAGUAGAAGGGGACAUGCAGGCAAGCAAGGAAGCAAGGAAGCACGCAUACCUUCCCCGUCAAGUACUGCAUUCAUUACCAGUUAAACGACGGUUACACUUGCCAGUGAAAGGUUAUUUCAAAUUCAAUGUGGAUCCACUACGAAACGAGAUAUCGCCUCCGCCCAAACAGUAUGUUUAACAACAGCAACAGUAGCAGCAGCAACAACAACAACAAAAACAACAACAGCAACAACAAAACCCUCGUCGUUGACAUGAAUCCCGUGAUUUUUCUCUGACUCCUGUAAGUUCGGUUCAGAUGCAGACUAAGUUCUCGUCGGAAAGAUCUUAUGUCGGCCGAAUUACAAUCUAAAAUCAUCACUGAUAAGUUUUACCCUCAAAUUUACCCUGUAUUAGGUCGCAGGUCUAUGAUAAAUAUAUGAAUACACUCACACACAUACACACACACAUAUAUAUAUGAUUUGUGGAAAGGUAUGAAUGAGAACGAAUAUCUUCACAAUACAAGGGAUAUAUUUAACCGGUUUCGGUUAAAAUGUGAAGAUAUUCGUUCUCAUUCAUACCCUUUCCACAUUUGUCAACAUGAAUACGGUUCAUAUAUAUGAUUGUUAAAUAUCUUAUGUUAUUGUUUGAAAUAUACAAUGACAAGAUAAUAUGGGCAGUAUUCAUAGUAUUUAUUUAUAAUUUCAUGGUCAUUUCCUCUUCUUUCCUUUGAUGUUUUGAGGGAAUAUCUCUUAGACUUUUUAACAGAUAUUUGAUUAAUUUCAUCUGAACAAACCUUUUUACGUUUGUUUUAUUAUAUCUGAAUUUAUAGCGUUUGCUCAGAAGAUAAUUUAUGUACAUGGUUUUAUUGUUUUAUCAUAUUUAUUUUUUCUUGUUUUGCUUUACAUCUGUUACCUGUAUCAGCCUAUAGUGACACACGAGGUAUGUAUAGGCCUACAACAGCAACAACAAAAUCGGCAAUUAUGUUUUAUUCCUAAUUCCUAAGAUUUAUGAAACCCAAAGUGUACUGUGUUAUUGGAUAAACUAUCAUUCACACUUUGGCAAUGUUUUAAUCAUAU